AUGGCGAUACUUCGCAACUCGACGUCUACCCUACCACCAUCGAUUCCAUCGACAACAGAGGAGGACAAUGCUAUACAGACGGAACUGGCCCUCCCAGGCAUCAAGCGUGGCAUUGCCAUUGGCGUAGCAUGUUCUGUCUCCAUCGUCCUCAUCGCAAUCCUCGCCUUUCUUGCCAUCAGACGAAGGAACCGCGUACUAGCUCGAAGAGCUCAAAGCAAUAGCGAAGAACCAGGAAACCUUGAUAUAGAACCCGCGUAUCACGAAAAGGCGCGGUGGUCGGCCACGACUCCAUCACCCCCACCUCCACCUCCACCUGUCGAAGCAGAUGCCCACACAAUCUACGAAUUAGAUGCGAAUCCAAUACCCGAACUCCCCGGUAACUCCAGUGCGCAAGAAGUAGAAGGAAAGAACAUUGGUCCUGGUGAAGCGAACGAAGCGGAUGAGAUAUAUGAGCAGAAGCUCAAGCAAUGGAGGACAUGGAGCAUAGCACUUGAGUCGAAUGACUCGAGUACCACCACGGACGCUGCGCACAGGCGUCUCCCGCUCCUCACAGUUUCAUCACCCGAAACUACACUCGGUGAUGUCUCCCCGAUGCUACGUUCAUCCUGGGACUUAUCACCGCAAUACGCAUCGCCAAUAUCGCCACCGCAGAAUGUGCUAUUUCCAAGCAGUCGAUCUCCUUGA